UUGAAGAUGUUUGAUAUAUUUUGGUUCUGUUUGUGUUAUCUUGUCGGUGUGUUUGGUGAGUCCGUGUCAGUGACCGAGGGAGAUCCAGUCACUCUACACACUGGUCUUCAUAAAAUGAUGGAUGACGAUGGGAUUCAGUGGAUGUUUGGAUACAAAAGCAUAGCUAAAAUGUGCGUAGCAGAUGGAAGAAUUGAUGUAAAUUAUGUUCCUGAUGGAAGAUUCAGAGACAGACUGAAGCUGGACGAUCAAACUGGGUCUCUGACCAUCACUAACACCGGACCUGAACACACGGGAGUUUAUGAGCUACAGACCUACUGUCUGAGAAAGACUUUCAUUCUCACUGUAAACCGUUGCUCUUCAUGCAUAAUUGGUGAAGUGGAUGAAAUAUCAGUGACGGAGGGAUGUUAUUUUAAUUUAAGCUCUAGUCAUGCUGAUAUGGCGUACGUUAAUAAUUUGAUUCAGUGGAGGUUUGUACCUGAAAACGCUAUAAUCGCUGAAAUCAACAUAAGAGCUUACAGAUCCAUUGUAUAUGAUGAUGUUCUUGACGGGAGAUUCAGAGACAGACUGAAGCUGGACAAACAAACUGGAUCUCUGACCAUCACAGACAUGAGAACGGACCACACUGGCGUUUUUGAAGUAUGGACCAACAAUGUGAAAAAGAGUUAUAUUUUCACUGUUAACGCUCGUCGGCCUGUUUCUGUCAUUGGCACAGACUGUUCAUCUCCAUCAGGAUCUCAUCUCAACCCCAUC